CAACACUGGAGUUUUCCAUUUGGCCUCGGCUACACGUCCACAAACCAAACAAUCAGCAAAGUGUCGUGCAGUUGACACCAACCAGGGUCAUUGUACCUUUUGGCCAAUGGAUUUUGCAGUAUAACGUGGAACCUGACACUCCAAAGCGGAGUAGCCCACUGUUAGCAAAAAGACAAGUCUAGUUUACCCAUUUUAAACAGUGGAAAACGGAAUACCAGAAACCAACGCUCCACAGUUGACACUCGAGUGCGCGAGGACUACAUUUAUGUUUUUGGGUUGUGUUGCUUUAGCUAGCUAAACUUGCACACCACCGUGGGGACAGUUGGCUAAAGUAGCAACCCAAACGAAUAGUCUACGAAGUCAAAUCAUACCGUACGAGGAAGAGGGCUGCAAAAUCAUACUUGACCCAAUGAGGGAUGGCUGGUAAAGCUAGACUUCAUGAAGUCCAAGCUCUGAGUCUGUCCAGGCUCUGAGUGGAGGCACUUUCGCUCUGGCAGAAUGAGACUGCAAGGGUGGCCCCAGCGGUCCAUGUGAAGAGGAAGUGGAAGAAGGAGAGGAUGGGUGUCAAUGCCUCCAGCUAUCCCCAUUCGUGCUCACCCCGAUUUGGUAGCAACUCACAGAGCCAGCAGACGUUUAUAGGGACAUCCUCUUAUGGCUCCCAGGGCUAUGGAGGAGAGGGGAAGCUCUACAGCCUGGAGUCCGGCCCCGAGAAGCCCCAGGACAAGAAGAAGAAGAGCUCGGGCCUAGCCACUCUCAGGAGGAGAUUCAUCAAGCGCCGCAAGUCCAGCCGCUCGGCCGACCACGUGCGACAGAUGCGGGAGCUCCUCUCAUGUUGGGAUGUGCGUGACGCAAACGCCCUGGUUGAGGAAUACGAGGGCACAGCAGCUCUCAAGGAGCUGAACCUGCAGGCGGGACUGGCGCGGGCUGUUGCCCGGAGCCUGCAGCGCGACCUGGCCGCCCUCUACCAGCACAAGUACUGCACGGACGUGGACCUCAUCUUCCAGGAUGCCUGCUUCCCUGCGCACCGUGCUGUGCUGGCUGCCCGCUGCCCCUUCUUCAAGACGCUGCUGUCGUCGUCGCCAGGCUACGGUGCUGAGGUGCUCCUGGACGUGGGCACAGCGGGCAUGGACGCGGCCAUGUUCUCGGCACUGCUGCACUACCUGUACACGGGCGAGCUGGGCCCAGAGGUGGAUGCGCGGCUGCGGAACAUGGACGUGCUGGUGCGCCUGAGCGAAGAGUUUGGCACACCCAGCUCACUGGAGGAGGACAUGCAUGGCCUUUGCGAGCACAUGUGCUUCUACGACUCACUGCUCAGCUUUUCAUCUGACUCGGAGCUGGUGGAGGUCUUCAGUGCCGGGCCAGCUGUUGGGGUAGCAGCUGGGGGAGGAGGUGUAGGAGGAGGACCGGUCAUCCAAGGACCCGCGGACGAAGAGCUGCGCGCCCACAAAGCGGUCCUCUCGGCCCGUUCUCCUUUCUUCCGGAACCUCCUGCAGCGGCGCAUCCGCACCGGCGAGGAGAUCACAGAGCGCGCUCUGCAGACGCCCACACGCAUCAUCCUGGAUGAGUCCAUCAUCCCUAAGAAAUAUGCCCGUGUCAUCUUGCACUGCAUGUACACGGACGCUGUGGAGCUAGCACUGGUGCUGAGGGGAAGCCCCUCAGCGGGGAGUCUGGGGGAGGUGCAGGCCCUGGUGGCCGGAGGCAGGGGGGUUGCCAGUCGUGCUGAGGAGGCAAUGGAGCUCUACCACAUUGCCCUCUUCUUGGAGUUCAGCAUGUUGGCCCAAGGUUGCGAGGACAUUGUGGUGGAGAGCAUCUCUCUGGACAAGUUGGUGCCCAUCCUGAAGUGGAGCUCGCAGCCCUACGGCUCAAAGUGGGUCCACCGGCAGGCCAUGCACUUCCUGUGUGAGGAGUUCAGCCAGGUCAUGACCUCUGACGUGCUCUACGAACUGGGCAAGGAACACCUGGUGGCUGCCAUCCAGUCAGACUAUUUGCAGGCCAGCGAGCAGGACAUCCUCAAGUACCUCAUCAAGUGGGGAGAGCACCAGCUUAUCAAGAGGAUGGCCGACCGAGAGCCCAACCUCCUAAGUGGCACGGCCCACAGCGUGAACAAGCGGGGGGUGAAGCGGAGAGACCUGGACCUGGAAGAGCUCAAGGAGAUCCUGUCCCCUCUGCUGCCCUACGUCCGCACCGAACACAUACUGCCCCCCCACAGCGAGGUCCUCUCUGACACAAUGAAGAGGGGUCUGAUCAGCACCCCUCCCUCAGACAUGCUGCCCACGUUGGAGGGUGGAAAGGCCAACUCUUGGCUGAGGCAAAAGAGUGCCGGCAUCUACGUGCGACCUCGCCUCUUCUCGCCCUACGUGGAGGAGGCCAAGUCUGUGCUGGAUGAGAUAAUGGUGGAGCAGACAGACCUGGUGCGCCUGCGCAUGGUCCGCAUGUCCAACGUGCCCGACACUCUUUACAUGGUCAACAAUGCUGUGCCCCAGUGCUGUCACAUCAUCAACCACCAGCAAAUCGGUGGCAGCCAGACGACCCCACCCUCAGUGGUGGCCAAUGAGAUACCAGUUCCCAGGCUGGCCGUGGUGAAGGAGAUGAUCCGGAGGCUGCAGGACCUGCGUCACACGGACCAGGUACAGCGUGCGUACGCCCUAAACUGCGGCGAAGGUGCCACAGUUAGCUAUGAGCUGCAGAUCCGCGUGCUCCGCGAGUUCGGCCUGCCGGACGCCGCCGCAGAACUGCUGCAGAACCCUCACAAGUUCUUCCCGGAGGAGCGCUUUGGCGACGAGAGCCCCGUCCUAGCGCUGCGCCAGCCGUCGGGUGGCAGCCGUAGUGGAGGGCGUUGCCGGGUCAACAGCAGCCCAGUUGUGGAGAGCAUGUUCACCGAUCUGGAGGCCAUGGCGGGCUUCCACCCGCCACUGCCCCCUCCCCCGCCGCCUUAUCACCCACCGGCCACGCCCACUCACAAUGCCCAGCUCAAAGCCAGUGGGUGGAGGCCUGGCCGUGCCCCCAGCCAGCCCCCGUCACGCUCUUUCUCCUACCCCUGCAACCACAGUCUGCUCCACCACACAGCGAGCUCCUCCUCCAAGCAUGGCAGCCCCGCCUAUCCACCGGCAGCCAAGCCCCUGCCGCCAGACUGCACCAAUCGCCAGGGAGGGGGGGUACGCACCCAGCAUCAGGAUAAACAAGGGAACGUGGCGCCGGUCAUCAACGAGUUCAUGCCGGACAUUGCCAUGGGCGUGUCGGCCAUGACCCUGAAGGAGCGUCGCCUGCCCGAGGUCACCAUGGAGGUGGAGCCUCACGAGCCGCAUCCUCACCCCUCCACGGCCCCUCCUGCUGUGCCCCACUGCCACCUGGGCCUGAACCGCCACGGUCCGUAUGCCUCCCGCAAGAGGCACGCUGCCGAGCCCAAGCCUGAGGCCCAGGCGUCGGAGUAUCCUGACUUGUACGAGUUUCCCGGGCGCCACGUGAGCUCCUUCGCCGGGCCGGACCUCUACAGUCACAGUCGAGUUCCUUCGGGAGGGGACCUUGUCCCUCCACAGUACUCCCCCGACGAACAGCAGCCAAACCCCUGCCGCGGCCCAGUCGGCACCCCACUCCGCCUGGAUGUUCUGGAGCAACCCCCCCAGAGACUAGAUCUGGCUCUGGCCAUGCAGAGCGGAGGAGUUCAAGCAGCCGGGGCAUCACACAACCCGAGAGGACGCGCCCGAACUGAAACAGACCUCACUUGCGGACUGGGACAGGCACGGCCCGCAGAACCUUACUCCGAGGAGGUGGUGGGGGCCAGGGACCGAAGGUCGCCCAACAAACCUGAGUACCCUUACAGGAAGUCUGCACUCUGACCCUCCGCAACUAAGACUGUCAGAGGCCUCGGGAAAAGGCAAGAGCGCUAAAGGACGGUUCGCUAUAGGGGGAUUUGGGGUUGACGGCUUAGCAUCAGUGGUUGGCAGUGUGUCCGGUGACAGAGUGGUCAUACUCGCGCUCAGUUCAGGGCAAUGGCACUAAGCACACAUAGUAGUAGUCCCCCCCCCCUCCCCCGGUGAGCCCCAGGUGCUGCACCAACUAACAAGAUGCGGCGGUCACAGUGCCUUCAGCACAGAGCCAUGGUGGGGGAUGAGGAGGAAAGGCUUGGUUUGGUUGAGAAUGAUUUGUCCAAAUAGAUUAGUCUCAUGAAUUAACAUAAUGGGUCCUAGCCCUUCCCAUCUCCCAGAUUGGAUCCUUUCCUUUCUGCUCAACUGCUUAUCCUCCAAUCACCUUUAUUCUUCUCAAAAUGAGUCUUGACUGGUCAUCGAACUUGAAUAAAUCCUUCCCUUUCCGCCCAGUGUUUUGGAUUUUGACAACGCACAGUCAUCGUUUCAUUUCCAUUAUACUAAUUUCCUGCAUCAGGAUGAGGGUACUGUAGAGUUAUAUAUUUAUAUUUGUGUCCCGGUAUGCUUUCCUUAGAAAUAAAUUGAAAAAUGCCCAGGCAAUGAGUUGCAAACUCAUUUCAGCAACCUGCCCAUUACAAAUAGCUCCUCCUUUUGAAAAAGGUGGAAUUGCAGUAAUAACACUUGUAAUCCUUUAUGACCCACGGGCUGUAUUUCAGGACGGGCAAUAUAAGAUUUGAGCAAGAGCACAAAGAGGAGAAGAGAAACACAAAUGAAAUAUUCCUACUACUACCAAUGUGGCUACAAGGCAGGAAUAAUAAUUGCAUAGCUGCUUUUAUUAGAAGUGACUCUAGAAGUCAUCCACUUUGCAUACCCAUAGUUAAUGUGAGUGGUAGCCACUGCUCAGCGCUAUCUCUUGGUCCUCUCCCAACACUUAUACUUUGCAGAUGUCCUUUUUUUAAAUUAACCUCACUGUAAAAUUCAAAAGCCUGAGGGCUGGGCACUGUAAGUCGUUUGAACCCGGGCUAGUAUUCCAAACCACGUUUCCCACUUUAUUGGCCAGAAUGUGCAUAUACACCUGGUUUCCGGGGUCUCAAUUCAACCUCAAUAAUUAAAACGGGAUAGCAACAGCAAAUCAAGAACUGAAGUAGAAUAUCCCUGCCUUAACCCUACAGCAAUCUGUGGAGAUUUAUCAAGAUGCAGGCCCCAUGACUGUGCCCCUCUGCCUUUUCCAUAGCUCAGCAUGGCUGUCGGCCAUCUUGGAUAAACUUCAACCAAACCAAAGCCCAGUUCCUCAAUCCAAUGACUCCCUGUCUUCCUCCAUGGCGAUCUGAACAAGAGUGAUUCGGUCACCAUCCUUACUUUGACGUACUGUACCCAACAACCAACAAUUGUGAUGAUGUCAAUGGAGGUUUGUGGAAGGAUAAUUAAAGCGGGGGGGGGCCAGUUAAAUGGUUCCUCUUGAGGAUUUUUUUAUGUCUUGUCCACUGGGUGAAAAGACUUACUCACUAAACCAGCGUAGCUUCAAUUAAAACAUGCUCACUCACGGGUCCUCCCUUUCGAUUCAGAAUCUCAAAACAUUUUCCAUCCCAUUUUUCACUAGCUCCUGUUGCGCCGCAUUGUCAAAACAUUACAUUGACUUGGGUUCACUGUAAUUAUCUUCCUUCUGUUACCAUCUCCUCGCACACGGAGAAAUGAAAUUGCUGUAUUUGUGCCCCUGCUAUACUACCAUUCACACAUUCUCUAAUAUUUUCUUCCGUUUUCCGUUGCGCGCCCUAAUGAACAUGACCUGACUCUCUGUAUAAUGCUAAUGCCUCAUGUUUGUCUGCGAGGCAGAGACUCACCUCUGAUGGUUAGCAAAUUAUGUUUUUCUCACAGAAAACCUCACACGAAUACCUUUCAUCUCAGCAGUUGAAAUGACUCAUUUCUGUUUGCCCUUUCAGCAUGCGAUGAUUCUCAAGGCAGAAGGUACUGGAGAAACAUAGAAAUCCCUACUUGUUGGUGAUUUAAAAAAAAAAAUUCUUUUGAACCUGGUUGGUCAACUGCAGGGAGACAGACUAUAGUUACUGUGUAAGGCGUUUGCCUCGUCAGUUUCGUAAGUUGGAUGAAGUCCUCCAGUUGGUUUUGAUGCAUUCAUGCAUGUAUGAAUGGUGGGACAUGGAAUAUUCUUUCUAUCAAUUCAUGAAUGAGGUCUGAUUGGGAAGCAGGUUGGGACAAGGUUGGCUUAAGUAUGUUUGCAGGCUUUUUGAUAUGGCUUUUUGUCUCCUCUCGCUUUCGAUGGUGGCGACUUGAAGACUAAUGUAUAUCACCAAGACAUAGGAGAUGAGUAUCAAUUAGAAUUCAUUUUGAUUGUCACUGGCAUGCUCAGAACCUUCGUUUGGGUGUCGGCUCUUGUGUCAAGAGGGUCAAAAGUAGCAUCCAUCAUCUGAUAUGAGUUAUCCCUCGAAUGGCUCUGUUGUUUACUUUUCCAUUGCUCUCUCCUCCACCCCCCUUCUGGGCUCAUUGGCAUUUGAUGGUGCUAUUCCUCAAUCCAAACUUGGGUCCCUUUCUGUUCUUUGUCUUAGCCUGGUCCCAGAUCUGUUUGUGCUCUUGCCUACUCCAGUGUCAAGCUAAAUGUUUGGCAUGACAAUUCCAUAAGGACCUGGUAAAAGAGCAGAAACAGACUUGCAACCAGGCUAUGUCUUGUCUCUACCCAGACUUCUUCACUUGCUAUAGUCACUCCACAGUACUUUAACCCCAGUCGCUCUCAUUUUAUGCCAAGCAUUCCCUCAUUUGAACCUCUGGAACUCAUGUACUGGAAUGCAAAUGAUUAGAACUGUACAGUGGUGCUAAUAUCUUUUAGAUCUAUCUUGAUGUCUCUGUGGCUGUUUUGCUAAGAUCAUAACAUGCAGAAGAUUGUUUUCCUUGGCUUUUCUGCUAAUCGUUUCGACCUCCCGCUGGUGAGAGCUCACUGCUGACGCUGCUCGAGACUAGAAGGGGUGGUGUGUGUGUGUGUGUGUGUGUGUGUGUGUGUGUGUGUGUGUGUGUGUGUGUGUGUGUGUGUGUGUGUGUGUGUGUGUGUGUGUGUGUGUGUGUGUGUGUGUGUGUGUGUGUGUGUGUGUGUGUGUGUGUGUGUGUGUGUGUGUGUGUUCACACGUGUCAGUGGGUGUGUGUUGUUAAUGCUCUGUUCUCCGCCUUAGGGGGAUGAGCUCAACAACAACUAAACCAUUGUCCAUAGUGGGCUCUCUCUUACUAAUGACCGUGGACAGUACUGUAGCUAUUAUGGUUGUGGAAGAGGAAGGAUGUAGUUUGAAUCAUUUCUAUUUUUGGGUGCUGGGUUUUAGUAUGGAUAAGUUUUUUUUCAUAAACAUUUUCGAAGACCUGACUACUCUGUAAUAUGAGACUGUCAGUCUAUAAGGAGGGGAGAGAAAAAAGUGAGCGUGUCAGCGCAGCCCUUUGCAAACAAUGGGCCUGUCACUGUGACUGCUGCAGCAGUGAGCUUCGAAGAGAGUUCGCCCUCUCAGCAACCUCCUCCAGACCCCUCUGUACCUUAGCCUUAUCCUCUCACUUAAUGCCCAGAGUACCCCCACGGAGACAUUUUGCCGCACCGUACUGCAGCCCCCCGAGGCCAGAGCCUCCCCUUCCUCCCUGCAGACCGCCAAGGUCAUCCAGACCUGACCUACAGAAGAUGGAGGGAGAGGCGGAGAUGGAGGGGAGGAGAUGGGACAAAAAUAUGAAAGAUAUGAGAGAACCAUGAGAUGUUAUCUCCCGCUUUUCCCAUUAGCGAAGGGCUCCCCCGGCAGUAACGUAGAGAUAGGAGCUUCAGAUCUAAUAAACACGUUGCCCCCCUCCAAGCAGCAGGAAGGGAAUGCCAGGCCGUGCUCUAUUGGGCCACUUUUCUCCUGGGCUUGUUUUAACCUUAAAGGGAAGGUCUUCACCCCGAGAGAGACCCUGUGUGAAAAAGUGAUAACCAAACAGGCACGUUGGAAUCUGAUUCUGCAGCCCCUGAGGAUUGCAGCCGGAGGUCUCUUGAAUCGAAUAACGGUCAAAUAAAAUCUACUGAUGCAGCUUUCCGCAAACUGGCAAAUCCAGGUUUGAGCUGUAUUCCUUAUGUGUUUGGACUCAUUAACUAAUUUCCUAGCCAAAAUAGUUAGCCGUUUACUUUACUAAAACUGCACAUGUAUGAGAUGAUUGCUAUGCUAAUAUAGUUAUGAGUUUAUGGCAGUUUGACAAAUACAGGUGGUAUGAUCUGUUUUCUCUCCAAAUACAGGUGGUAUGAUCAGUUUUUUCUCCCAAUACAGGUGGUAUGAUCUGUUUUCUCUCCAAAUACAGGUGGUAUGAUCUGUUUUCUCUCCAAAUACAGGUGGUAUGAUCUGUUUUCUCUCCAAAUACAGGUGGUAUGAUCUGUUUUUUCUCCCAAUACAGGUGGUAUGAUCUGUUUUUUCUCCAAAUACAGGUGGUAUGAUCUGUUUUCUCUCCAAAUACAGGUGGUAUGAUCUGUUUUUUCUCCAAAUACAGGUGGUAUGAUCUGUUUUUUCUCCCAAUACAGGUGGUAUGAUCUGUUUUUUCUCCAAAUACAGGUGGUAUGAUCUGUUUUUUCUCCCAAUACAGGUGGUAUGAUCUGUUUUCUCUCCAAAUACAGGUGGUAUGAUCUGUUUUUUCUCCAAAUACAGGUGGUAUGAUCUGUUUUUUCUCCCAAUACAGGUGGUAUGAUCUGUUUUUUCUCCCAAUACAGGUGGUAUGAUCUGUUUUCUCUCCAAAUACAGGUGGUAUGAUCUGUUUUCUCUCCAAAUACAGGUGGUAUGAUCUGUUUUUUCUCCAAAUACAGGUGGUAUGAUCUGUUUUCUCUCCAAAUACAGGUGGUAUGAUCUGUUUUUUCUCCAAAUACAGGUGGUAUGAUCUGUUUUUUCUCCCAAUACAGGUGGUAUGAUCUGUUUUUUCUCCAAAUACAGGUGGUAUGAUCUGUUUUCUCUCCAAAUACAGGUGGUAUGAUCUGUUUUCUCUCCCAAUACUAGUGUGAGCACAUUCUCACUGACACAGGUAUGAAUUGAUUUUGUGGGUCAUUCAGGUAUGAGCUCAUCUAUUUUAAUGGGAAAUGCAGAUGUCUCUUUGAAGUGUAGAGAUGACCCCCAGGUCUGCCCUGAACAGUGUCUCAUCUGUGCUGAGGAUGAGGGCUUGACUCCUGGCUUUGGACAGAGUGAGUAGAUGAGCAUUACCAAUCCUGCAGUUUGUACGUUCUUUUUGUUGCCUUUCAUGGUUUAGGCUAGAUGACUAAUUCCAUUGUAUUGUAAUGUUGUGUGUAAUACCACAAUGGUUGGACAAACAUGACUAUUGCAAUAAAGAUGAAAGCUGGUAACCCGCAGACUGUUAACCCUUUAGAGAACCAAUAUGAUGAUGCAUACCCACUAAUUUGAUUCAGAAUGAUAGACAUUGACAGCAACUUGUACAGAGGGCCUCACUAUUGCACUAAAAGUAUAAUCUCAUAACAGUAUUGUAUGUUUGUCUUCACUGAUGAGUUGCACUCCUGUAGGUAGAAUGGAGAUGUUCAGUUGAUUGUCCUCUUGGGUAGUUUGAGUUUGGUGAGUGACACAUUUCCCUUCAGUAACCACGUUUCUGAGUAGUCAUACAGUAUUUUAUUUUUUUAAAUACAUCAUGACAGCUGUGAUAGAACGCGGAAGUUUCGGUAAAAUGUUAUAAAUGCUGACAAAUCAUUUUGUUUGACAUGGUGGGAUCUUUUUGUCUGUAAAAUGUAUUAUGCAAGCAAUGGAAGUGGAAAUGCCUUCAUGCGCAAAUAUUGAUAUAAUAAUCAUUGUCCCACUAUGACCCGUGAAAGCAUGUAUUUUAUUAGGCUACAGAUUAAAUACAUGAUGAUGAACUUCACAGGGUGUUGAAAGUGCAAGGUGAUGAGCUUGAUGCUCCUUUCCAAUAAAUAUCGAGGGUUUUAUUCUGGUGACAUGAUGAUCGAUGCUUGACAGCCGUUUGACAAAUAAAAAAUGUUGUUGUUAUCCAUAAUAAUCUCAUGUAGACUAACCUACCCGCACAGCGUACCCGCGAGCACGCUUGAGUCAAGACCAGAGUAGGUACAUUUGCUGUUUAACGCAACGUUUUUUGCGACAAAGCUAUCGGUAGAGUUGAAAAUGUGAUGGAAAACCGACAAACUUUAGAUUUUUAUUCGGUACAUAAAAUUUAAGCGAAAAAGUACAUUUUGUGUGCACUGUCAUCAUGCACUGCUUUUUAUCCGCAACAAGUCUGUUUGGUGGAAACUUGCAGAUUUGAGAAUAUUUGCAUGAAAAUCUGUCACCGUUUAAUGUAAACCUAGUUAUUAUCUAUAAAAAAGUACUAUGGUAUGUUACCUUUGCAUUAUGAGUUGACUUUAAUAGACCCUUAAUUACAUGAUCAUGUAAGAUACUGUAUUUAGAGAUGCACUCACACUUUCUCUAGGUUUUCACAAGGACCAGGUUGGGGGCUGGGUAUGUAACAGGCUGAUACCGUACUAUGUGCUGUAGCCAACUCUUCUAUUGUUGUCAAGCCGUAUGUACAUGUUUGGCAUGUCAGCGAAUUAACGCGUACUUCGCUAAAGCACAAAAAGAUCUGGACCACCAGGCUAGAUAUAAUAAUCCAUUUCCUGCUUUCUGGUUUGCAUUAGGACAUCGGAUAUCAGCGGCAACGGGAGAUUUCUUCAUUUAAGACUGUUCUGUCGGUUCCUCUAGAUUCUCCUUUAGCUCCCCCCCCCUCCCUCUCGUAUGGAGACGAAAGAGUGCCUUCCCUGCCAGUGGCUGGGCAUCCUUAUCUUCGUCCUAUGCAAACAUUUUCUACCAGCCCACUCAACCAGUCUCUUUGUAAUAGUGUAGCCAAUGCUUCAUAUACAUAGUGGUUUCAAAGAGUAUUUUUUUAUUUUAGGUACUUUUGAACAGUCUCUGAAAUGUUGUUUUGUUGUACAUAUACAUUUUUCUAUAUAUAAAACAAAUAUGUCACGAGAAAAAAAAGCUUUCUCGUAGACUUAAGGAAUUGUGGAAAGUCUAUUUUUCUACUCUUCUCAGUUGGGAUUGUAACAGUGGUGAACUCAAAUCUGCAAUUUAGGUGACUGACAUCUUCAAAAUAAACAGCUUUGAUAAAAAUUA